UUCUGUCGAUCAGUCAAGUCGCCGUAUUCGUGGCGAGAGAGUGUCUUUUGUCGGAAUUAUCGACCAAUCGUGUUUAUUUUGAUUUCACACCGGAACUUUUGUUAUAGUGUACUUUGAAAUAAGCAUGGUUAACAAAAUGUACUUCGGCGGUGUCGAAGGAGGCGCAACACAUUCAAACCUGGUCAUCUGCGACGAAACCGGCAAAGUAGUUGCUACAUCUAAAGGCCCCGGUACGAAUCAUUGGCAACUUGGUAUAGAAGAAUGUGCCACAAGGAUCAUAGACAUGAUACACACUGCUAAGGAAGAUGCUGGGUUCCCAUUGGACAAACCUUUAGAUUCCUUGGGCCUCACCCUCUCAGGGUGCGAGCAGGAAAGCAGUAACAAGGAGCUGGCGGAACGAGUGAGACAGAAAGACCCAGCAUGUGCUAGAAGAGUCCACGUGGCUUCAGACACAGCUGGCUCGCUGUUCACUGGGGCUCCUAAUGGAGGCAUGGUGCUUAUAGCUGGCACGGGAUCAAACGCGUUGUUGUACAAUGGAAAACAGCAGUACGGAUGUGGUGGUUGGGGCUUUCUUUUAGGAGAUGAAGGAGGAGCUUACUGGAUAGCUCACCGUGCCGUAAAGACCAUCUUCGACGAAGAAGAUGGUUUGCGUCCCUCACCACAUUCCAUUCACGCCGUCUGGGAGGUCAUCAAGGAACACUUCGGAACAGAGAACAGAGUGGACCUACUACCUCAUGCUUAUAAGAAUUUUGAUAAGUCCAAUUUCGCUGGUCUAACUAUGAAACUGUCCCACCUCGCCCUCCGAGGCGACGCUCUCUCACGGCACCUGUUCGCAGAAGCCGGCAGCGCACUGGCAGCGCACGUGGCCGCACUUGUCCCAAAGACGAAUGCGAGGCAUGUGCGAGUCGUAUGCGUUGGCUCUGUGUGGAACAGCUGGGAACUGUUGAAGCCUGGAGCGCUGAAAGAGCUUAAUAUUAGGAGGGUGAAACCCGAGCUAGAGCUCGUCAGACUCCGCGUCUCAAGCGCCAUGGGCGCCGCCUGGCUAGCAGCAAAGCAGCUCGACUACGAGCUGCCCCGAGACGACGCGGCUUUCUGCGAGAUCUUCUACACGUAUACGCCUGAACACCACAUGAAUGGGAACGGGAAGAUGAAUGGGAUUAGUGGGAACUGCGGUGCAACAGCGGGCGUUGUAGGUUAUGUAUCUUUAAAGGAGCGUGUUUCGGCCGCUACGGUCUCAAAUAACGGUCUGCAAGGUAGAAGGGACAAGUUUAAUUUUAUUUCUGAUGUGGUGGCUGUUUCGGCGCCGUCCGUGGUCUAUAUAGAGAUAAAAGACAGUCGGCGUAUGGACUUGUUUUCUGGAGAGCCUAUAACGUUGUCAAAUGGUUCUGGGUUUAUUGUGAAGGAGGAUGGACUGAUAUUAACGAACGCUCAUGUGGUGGUGAAUAAACCGAACGCUAGCGUGCGAGUAAAGUUAUCGGAUGGCUCCGUCCACUUUGGUGUAGUAGAGGAUGUAGACAUGAAGUCAGACCUGGCGACACUCCGGAUCCCGGUGCGGGGGCUGCCUAUAAUGAAGCUAGGAUGCUCCGCAGACCUCAAGCCUGGCGAGUGGGUUGUGGCCAUGGGCAGUCCCCUGGCUCUCAGCAAUACAGUGACCGCUGGUGUAGUGAGCUCUACUCAGAGAGGCAGUGAGGAGCUUGGCCUACGAGGCAAAGACAUGGUGUACAUACAGACCGACGCGCCCAUAACGUUCGGCAACAGCGGAGGCCCUCUAGUAAACCUGGACGGAGAGGCGAUCGGUAUUAACAGUAUGAAAGUCACUUCGGGUAUCUCCUUCGCUAUACCCAUCGAUUAUGUCAAGGAGUUUCUGGAGAAACGGAAAACUAAGUCCCCACAAGUGUCCCGGCGGUACCUCGGGAUCACGAUGUUGUCGCUGACUCCCAACAUACUGAUGGAACUCAGGAUGAGGAAUCCAGAGAUGCCCAAAGACAUAGAUCAUGGAAUCCUGGUGUGGAAAGUUAUCAUUGGAUCGCCUGCUUACAAUGGCGGCCUGCAACCAGGCGACAUAGUGACCAAUAUUAACGGUAAACCCGUUCAGACAGCGACCGACGUGUACGCCAUCUUGGAAAACAGCAGCGGCCUGCUCAAGAUCGAUGUCGUUAGAGGGAGAGGGCGGAUGGCUCUCACUGUCACUCCGGAACAACAUUGACAAUAGUUAUACUUUUACAACGUUAGGCUUGGAGAAUAAGUCGGCAUUUAAAACGGAAAGUACCGAAACUAGAAUUAAAUACCGAUAGCGAAACCAGAAUCAAUAACUGAAAUCAAAAUUACAAGCCGAGACCAAAAUCUAAAACCGAUAUUAGACUAAAUAGAUGAAGGUAGGGAUAAGUAGUUCAACUGUCAAAUUAAACUACAAUACUGUUUAACACAUUCAGUGCCGAAAACCCGACUAACAGGUAUUUUAUGAUUUCGUUCCCAGGCCGGACGACCCGAUAGUCGGGAUCGUGAUACUACUGCUUUAUAUAACGAAAUUGUUGUGGCCUGGCGCGGACGUCUUGUUUGGCUGGGUGGCAAUGAAUGUGUUAAAUGUGUAUUUUGUUGAUAAUCAGAAAUCCAAACCAUACUCAAAAAUAACAACAGCCAAAAUUAAAAUACUUAAAUAUCGUUGACCGAAAUAGAUGAUGGAGGUAGGGACAACCAAACUGUCAAUGGUCUACAAAUCUACAAUUCAAUUUGACUGGUUUAUUUAGUAUCAAAGAGAAUAGAUAGUAUAGAGGGGUCCUGUCAUAGUAAAUUUUGUAGUCACAGUAAAUUUACUGCCAUCUAUCGACACACGACUAAAACUCAAAAUGAAAACGUAUAAAAUUAUCAAAAAAAUGUAUAUAUAUGGAUAAAUGAUUUUAUUAUUUUUAUAUCAUUUUGACCCAUGGUUCAUUCACUGAUAUCUAUGUGUUAAAAUUGUUAAAUAUGAAACGGUGUCGUCACGCCAUCUAGCCGAGCAUAGGCCAAAGGUGUGUGCGCCAUCUAUCCGAGAAUGACUUUUUCUUGAUUUCCGAGGCACGUUUGCUCCUUAGACUUUAUUCAUCUUAUACGAAGUUACAUAUGUCUUUGUUUAGUAUAUAACACAACCUAAUAAUGUAACAUUAAAACCUCACUGCCAUAUUUCGUUUUCAUGAAAUGAUAUGUACCUACCUUUUAUUAAUACGUAACCGUUGUUUUCACCUCCAUGAUUUUUUCUGCCUGAUUUAUAUAUUUUUGUAAAUAGUUUUUUAUAAUGCAAGGCAUAUUUUUAUUGUUAAUUUAGUUACGUAUCUAUAAGUAUGUAUUGAGUUGAGAUUAAAAGAUUUCACUAA